GUCGCCGUCCCCAGCUCUGUCCCUGCACCCGCGCCCGCCCCUGCCCCGCACAGCCUCCAGCGCCGGGGCAAGGGUGCCCUGGGCUGCGCGUCAGCGCCCGCGGCCGUCAGGAAGCCUAAGGCGGUGAGGAGGCUGAGCUUCGCAGACGAGGUGACCACGUCCCCGGUGCUCGGUCUAAAGAUCAAGGAGGAGGAGCCCGGGGCGCCGGCGCGGGCUUUGGGCGGCGUCCGCACGCCGCUGGGGGAGUUCAUCUGCCAACUGUGCAAGCAACAGUACGCGGACCCCUUCGCGCUGGCUCAGCACCGCUGCUCCCGCAUCGUGCGCGUCGAGUACCGCUGUCCCGAGUGCGACAAGGUCUUCAGCUGCCCCGCGAACCUCGCCUCCCAUCGCCGCUGGCACAAGCCACGUCCCGCGCCGUCCUGCGCCGCGAGUAAACCUCCCUCCGCGCCGUUGACCCCUUCGGACCCUUCCCUGGCGGCGGGCAAGGAGAACGGCCGCAUGCCGCGGACCGACGAUCAGCACCCGCAGGUCCGGGACAGCUCCGGGGACGGUCAGCACCAGGACAGCGCCGCGCGCCCAGGCCUGCAGGCUUUGGUGCACCCGGAGGCAGCACGACCGCAGGCUCCCUACCCCGAGGUGAUGCUAGGGCGCCGUGGUCUCGGGCCAGGCGGUGCCAGCCCGGGGGCGACAUCCGAGGUCUUCGUGUGUCCGUAUUGCCACAAAAAGUUCCGUCGCCAAGCCUAUCUGCGCAAGCACCUGGGCACUCACGAGGCGGGUCCGGCGCGAGCACCAGCCCCGGGUUUCGGCUCGGAGCGCACAGCCCCACUCGCCUUUGUGUGCCCGCUUUGCGGGGCGCACUUCCCGUCCGCGGAUAUCCGAGAGAAGCACCGGCUAUGGCAUGCUGUCCGCGAGGAGCUGCUACUGCCCGCCUUGGUCGGGGCUCCUUCGGAAGCAGGCCCUGGAGGGGGAUCCGACGGUAGCACUCAGCAGAUUUUCUCAUGCAAGUACUGCCCUUCCACAUUUUUUAGCUCCCCUGGCUUGACCCGGCACAUCAAUAAGUGUCACCCUUCAGAAAGCCGGCAAGUGCUGCUGCUGCAGAUGCCACUGAGGCCUGGUUGCUGAGGGACCCAGGCCUGGCGAGAUUUCCAGAAUGGCUGAAGAAAACAAUAUGGGAACUCCCGUGGGGCUUUUUUCACCUUGCAAUUUCCUCUUUCCUUCCCUUGCCUUCCCUCUUAAAACUCUCCUAGUCAUGAUCCGCCCGGGGAGAGGGCAGCGAGAUAUAAAACCCCCUCUAGAGCAGGUAUGUAUCUGGCAUAAAAAUUCAUGAUCAAAGCUGACAGCUUUAAAUCCUCAUUUCCCCACUAAAAUAGGGCAUUCCCUUCCUUAAAACGCUGGAGACCCCAAUGAACCCUAUACGGUUUGUAGUUCCUAUGGAAAGUCGCAGUGAACGCGUGCAAGUCUCAGUGUGUACCCAAGGUUCUACCUGAAGUGGUAGCCAUCAACGACUUCUCCUCUUGCCACCACAGGCACUUACGUCGUUUCUGUCUCAAUAGGGUCAGAUUUCUUGCCUUGUAUAUUCUGUGAAUCAAGCUAUGUGACUGAUGCCAAACUUGCAGGGAAGGAAGACUUAGACCCUUGUAGAUGGACAGGAAUAUAAGAGGAUGCUGCUGUCCGGUGUGAAAAUAUCCCUGGAACUUUCUUUUCCCAAUUGAAUGUAUUCGUCCCUUCUUUUAAGUUAGGUUUUGGAGGUGGGGGAAGGUGCUGCUUAAUCGGAAGGAGUUGGUGUGCCCUCUGCAUUCUUUACCUAUUUUAUGUGCUGCAUCCAGGAGGAGCUACUUAAAGGUUUUCUUUACAUAACCUUUUUUUUUUAAAAAAAUACUUUACUCAUUCCUAAAGUUUGAAUGUUUUAGAAAGAUUUCAUUCAAAUUAUUACAAUUUUUGCUGUAAAUCUGCUGCACACUGCAUC